AACAGCAGAAGGACCAUAAGGAAGAUGACUCCGAAUAUUGAACCGGUCCGGUAGUUUUCACAGAAAAGAACCGGUAGCUAACGCUGAUAUCGGGAGUCAGCAGCCUCCUGGUUAUGGAGAUGCACAAUCGGUCAAAGUUUAACAAAGAAAGCUCUCCUCUGAUCGCUGUACGGUUAGCUGAUGCCGGUCAGGUUAGCUCUCGGUUGUCGGUCCGUUAGCUAAAAACACAUCGCUAAUAGUCAAUUUACCUCUGCUGGACAAGCUACGCUCAUAAAUACAAACACCUGUCUGUGGAUUAAUCAGAGUCAUCAUGAACAGGACCAAACUGAAGAAAACCAAGGUACCAGGAGGACAGAAGAACAUCUCCUCCUUCUUUUCCUCUGAAAACCACCAGGAGGCCGUGUCAUCUUCCACAAAGUUAUCCAUCGCCGGCACUGCACUCGCCAGGACUAAACCUCAGAUCAAAGAUGGUGGGAUCUCUUCGUUCACAUCGCAUUCCCCCUUAAAAAGAAGUAUCCUCGGGGUCCUUGAAAACCUCCCGCCCUCCUCUCCAGAUCUUCUUCUCUCUGUGCCUGAGACCCCUAAGAGUCAGAUAAGGCUUUCUACCUCAAGAGAUCCAGGUCAACUGAGCCCAGAGCUCAGCGGAGAGGUGGCGAUCCUGCACAAGCUCAACCAGCUGUCCCCCAUCUGUCGUAGUCCCAGAUCCAAAGGGCAGAGUGUACGGAGAAUUAUGACCAAGGAUGGAGGAAAAACCAAGAGGGAAGAGGGAUGUUCUGGCGCCAUAAAAAGACUCAUCAGCCCUCCUCAAGAGUCCCACAAUGCCAAGAAACCAAGAGCUGCCAAUCCAUCGGCACAAAGAACCGUGCUCAGCCCCACGGGUGGCAACCUGAAAGUUACAAGGCCUGUGAUUGGCCCUGAGAAGACGCCUCGUUUCUCCAGUGACCGGUCAGACGGUCACAGCAGAGGUGAUAAAAUGGUCUUUAAUGACAACAAAAACUUGAUCAUGUCACUGACGUCCGUUUGGAAGACGGACAUGGAAGAGAGUGAUAACAACAAGAAAGAUUCUGGUUUCACGGUGAUAACAGAGCAGAGGGCAACUGAGGUGAAAGCCAAGGGAAACCCACGCCCUCGCCUGGAUGAGGACACUCACACUCUAACUGCUCACAUGCUCAAAUCGAGCGCACAAGCUAUCACACCAGCAGCGCAGAGAAGUGCAGAAGAGGGAGAGAUUGAGCUUAACAAGAAAGGAGCCGCAAGAACAGCAACAGCAUCAUCAAAUGAAGACGGAGACAGCGUGACAACAUCAGGUCAUCAGCGAGCUGGAGGGAUGUCAGCAGUGUGUGCUGUGGACGAACGGCUGGACGAGAGCUGGUUUGCAGAGCAGAUGGACGAUAACGAAGGUCUCGUCACAGGGGAUAAAUCCAAAAAACCUCGGAAGGUGCCAGAUCAUGUGAUCCUUUCUGGAGGCCUAAACAACCGUUACUGGGUUUUGGACGUGGAGGAGAGGCCUGGCCACAAAACACUGACUAUCUCGUGCUCCAGAUCUCUCCAUCCAACUGAGACGUGUCUGCUGAAAGAUGGAUGGGAGAUGACGCCUGUUUGUCGUGGUGAUGUGGUGCAUCUGGAGGGCCACCCUGAUGGUGGAUCCUGGUUAGUGGACAGGGAGCAGGGCUUCCUGGUUUUACUGCCUGACAGCCUCAUCUCAGGUACCAGCAUCUCGAGCUCCAUCCGCUGCAUGAGGCGUGCAGUACUAGGAGAUAUGUUCAAGAGUUUCGACGGUGGCUCGAAGCAAAUGCUGAACGGCACCAUGGUCCACGAGGUCUUCCAGAGAGCAGCUACAGCUAAAGAUUUUUCUUUGGCUACGCUGUCAAUGCUGGCUGAACAGACACUGCACAGUCCUCAGUACCUUGGAGACAUGUACAGUUUGGGUGUAAGCCAGGAUGAGAUGAAGCAGGAGCUGCAUGAUUAUCUGCCCUCCCUGGAAAACUGGGCAAAGGAAUACCUCGACUCCCAAACACCAAGAGCUGUCAGCCUCAAAAUCCCGAACAACAGCAGAGCUCCAAGAGGGUGUCAGGACUCGCCAACUGUUGUCACGGUUACAGAGCUGGCAGAUAUAGAAGAGAAUGUGUGGUCGCCCAGAUUUGGCCUGAAAGGGAAAAUCGAUGUGACGGCACGGGUUCAAAUCCAAAGACCGCGAGGCGGCAGCCACAGAAUCUCCGAGGAGAGGACCGUGCCCCUGGAGCUGAAAACUGGGAGGGAGUCAAACUCCAUAGAGCACCGCAGUCAGGUGAUUCUUUACACUCUGAUGAGCUUGGAGAGAUACAACCCUGAAGCUGGCUUCCUGCUGUACCUCAAGACUGGCAACCUGCACCCUGUAGUGGCCAGCCACAUGGACCGCAGAGAGCUGCUGAAGCUGAGGAACACCUUGGUUCAUCACAUUCACAACUGUGUGGAGAAAGAGGCGGAGCGGAGCCGUUUGUCCCGACUUCCUGACAUCCUGACGAACAGACAGACCUGCCAGUAUUGUCCUCAGAGGAGAAACUGUGCUCUGUAUGAGAGGGCGGUGGGCGGCAGCUCUGCAGACGUCCCCGAGGAUGUUGUGCAAGACUUCUUGCAGCAGGAGACGGGUCACCUGACCCCACCGCACCUGAGCUAUUUUUCCCAUUGGCUGCUGCUCUGCUGCCUCGAGGCUGCCACCAUGGAGAGCAAAAACGGCCGAAAGCGUGUGUGGCUUCAGACGGCAGAGGAGAGUGAGAAGAAUGGGAGCUGUGUGGGGAAUGUGCAGCUCGGUGGCCCAGUCACCGUGCAGGCCGAAGGGGUUUACCUCCAUCGUUUCCAGCGCAGCGGCGCAGUGCCACAGAAGGGUCUGGCCAACAGCGGUUUGGCCAGUGGGGAUCGCAUCGUCGUUAGCGACCAGGAAGGUCGCCUGGUUGGUUUGGCAACAGGCUACCUGCGUGAGGUCAGCAGGGCAUCGAUCAGCUGCACUCUGGACAGAGACCUGUCUAAGUUCAGUGGUGUGUUGUUUCGGCUGGAUGGUGAUGAAGGUGUGGUGGGCCUCAGCACUCACCUCACCAAUCUCUCCAGACUGAUGGAAAACAGUCCGGACAGAAAUGUCUGUCUGUGCAGUGAUCGUCUGAGGGAGCUGGUUGUCGACCUUCGUCCUCCAGAGUUUAUUUCCAACCUCAGUUCUGUUCUGCCCAGAGAGGCCAAGGACACUGUGGCCAACAUCCUCAAAGGUCUCAACAAACCGCAGAAGCAGGCCAUGAAGAAGGUGUUGUUAUCUAAAGACUACACACUGAUUGUUGGCAUGCCAGGCACAGGCAAGACCACAACCAUCUGCACCCUGGUUCGCAUCCUUCACGCAUGUGGGUUCAGCGUGCUGCUGACCAGCUACACCCACUCUGCCGUUGACAACAUCCUGCUAAAGCUGAAGCGUUUCCGCGUUGGGUUUCUGCGUCUUGGGCAGGGACAGAAGGUUCAUCCAGACAUCCUGCCUUACACGGAGGAAAGUAUGAGGAAGACGGGAGUUCACACUGUGUCAGAGUUGGAGCAGCUUUACAACAAGGAGCUGGUAGUGGGAACCACCUGUAUGGGCAUCAAGCAUCCCAUCUUCACACACCGCCGGUUUGAUUUCUGCAUCGUUGAUGAAGCUUCACAGAUCAGCCAGCCUAUCUGUUUGGGGCCCCUGUUCUAUGCCAAGAGAUUUGUCCUGGUUGGAGAUCACCAACAACUGCCACCAAUAGUACAAAAUCAGGAAGCCAGGUCACUUGGAAUGGACGAAAGUCUGUUUAAGCGACUGGAGCUCCACAGUGAAGCAGUGGUCCAACUCAACGUACAGUACCGGAUGAACAGGCAGAUAAUGUCUCUCAGUAACUCCCUGAUGUACGAGGGCCGGCUGGAGUGUGGGUCAGAGAGGACGGCCACGGCCCUGCUCACCCUGCCCGUCCUGCUUUCUGUCCAGUCGGAGCUCAGCUCCUGCUCGGAGACUGAUCCCCAGCACGACCUCGCUUGGAUACAGGCCACUUUGUUGCCUAGCAACCCUGUUUGCUUCCUAGAUUGCUCAAUGGUACCAGCACUGGAGUCUGUGGAGCAGGGAGGCAUAAGCAAUCACACUGAGGCUGCUCUCAUUCACAAGCUGCUGUCACUGCUGAUAAAGGCAGGGUGUAAGCCCAGUGAUAUAGGUGUUAUCGCCCCCUACAGGCAGCAGUUAAAGAGUAUCUCUGCUCUGCUGCAGUCCUCUGUGUUCACCGGUGUGGAGGUGAAUACAGUGGACAGAUACCAAGGACGAGACAAAAGUGUGAUCGUUCUCUCCUUUGUCAGGAGCACUGCAGAGGAAGGAACCUUAGGAGAGCUGUUGAAGGACUGGCGUCGCCUGAAUGUAGCCAUUACCAGGGCUAAACACAAGCUGCUGAUGGUGGGCUCUGCCGCAACACUACGGCGCUACGCACCUGUGGAGAAACUACUCAACCAUCUCCAGCAAGAGAACAUGAUUAUCCAGCUCCCACCAGCUGCCCACAAGGCCUUACCAAGCAUUCCCCUGUGACAGAAAACUAUGAAGCCAUGAUGGUGUUUUCAGCUCACCUGUCUCUCAGAGGAGCAGCCAGCGGCUGUGGAUCAUCUCAACGGGGUACUGCUGGUCUGCACAGUGAUCUGUCAGGAGGCUCAGACGUCACUGUGGUCCCGUCCAUCUUUGAACUGAUAAUUCAGCUAAAAGUAUCUCAGAGGCUGUGGGCUGCAGAUGCCACUGUUACCUUAUCCACCUGUGGUUAUUUGUGUCCCUCCUAACAAGCGUUUGGUGGAGUAUAACUGGAGAUACAGGUGACACUAAUCAACACCUGAGGAACAUGUAGGUCUCUGGUCUGCACCAUACUGGUUAAAUUUUUUAUUAUACAAAGCACUUAGAGAAAGCGGUGGCUUUGUAUCAUCAAAUUUAAAUAUUGAACACUCAGCAGCUUUUCCUGUUUUUCCACAUUUUUUUGUUUGGGCUCUAAACAGUUCAUACUGACAUGAGUGGAGUGGCAAACCCUAAUAAAUCUAAUCUCCAAUCUCUAAUCACCUGAUUCCAUUGGAAAUGCAGGGAAAUGCAUCAGUAGUUCAUGUGAAACAAUGCACUGAGAAACUGAACAGCUAAAAUAGUUGAUUGUAGAUUGUUUAACAGUUAAAAUGUGUUGAACUGACACUGUGGUGGGUUGUGGCUCAGAGUACAAAAGCUCAACUUGGAUUGGGCACUAUUCAUUAACAAUGUUUUUGAUCAAAUAGCUCAAUAAACUGUGAUAGUGUUUGAGUUCACUGACAUAGAUGCAUUAAUGAGGUAAAUUAUUAAUGGUUCACGUCACUCAGCUACAGCAGUCAGAUAAGCUCAGAAAUUCCAUUGAAGGGCAGCAUCAAACUCUCCAGUACUGUGAAUGGACGCUUAUGUUAAUUAACAUGAUUUACUGUGAUCGGAGCACGUCGGACACCAUCCAGGCCACCAAGCUAACUGUGAUUCUCCCUUUCAUUUGAACACAACCUCAUUUUCCAUGUUUUGUGUCUGUAUUUUGUUCAACUUUAAUAAUAAUUUUACAAACUACUAACAUUGUGAUUUUUGCUUGUGUGUUAUGUGAAUAAAUAAUUGAAA